AUGUUGGAAGAGGAUAAGAUUGAAAAUAUCAUUGGGCGUUUUGGAAAAUAUCAAAGAUGGAUUUUUGUUCUACUGACAAUUAGCCGCCUUCCUACUGAUUACCAAUUAGUGAAUGUUGUUUUUUUAUUACCUAAUGUGCAAUACACAUGUCUGGAUGAAGAGGCUUAUAACCAAACUAACUAUUGUCCGUGUAAAAACCCACAAUACGAUCUAAGUGAUAUUGGGAAUUCUGUGACAAGCACAUUUGGACUUAUAUGUGAAAAACGUCACCUCGCUAGUUUAGGACAAUCAAUCCUACAAGCUGGAAUUUUAGUUGGUGGCAUCUUCUACGGAUAUCUAUCAGACAGAUAUGGCCGUAGAACAGCGGUUUUUCUUGCACUUUUCUGUGAGGUCUUAUUUGUAUCAUUAUCCGCGGCUACAACACAAUUUUGGAUGUUCGUUGUCAUGCGAUUUUUAAUUGGCACUGCUGUUGGAGGAACAAUGCUUUGUGCUUACAUCAUGCUAGUUGAACUUAGUGGGAAGUCAUUCAGGCCAUAUCUUGCUGGCAUGAUUGACAUAUCCCUUAUUAUUUCAUAUUUUACACUUCCAAUAUUGGCCUACUAUUUAAGAGAUUGGAGGAAAUUACAACUAACAGUAUCGUUACCUUGGUUGUAUGUUGCAGUCAUCUAUUUUGUUUUGCCAGAGUCACCAAGAUGGCUUAUAACUACAGGACAAAAAGAUAAAGCUGUGGAAGUUUUAUCUUCUAUUGCUAAAAGGAAUAACCGUCCAACAGAAAAUAUACGAGUUGCUGUUGAAAAUUUAGUAUAUGAAGAAGAGAUUAGUAACAGACAACAACAACACGGAACAUACUUAGACUUGUUUAGAACACCAAAAGUUAGGGCGUACACUUUCAUUACAGCUUUUAUUUGGUUAAGUAUAUCACACACCUUUUUUGGUAUCAACCAAUACAUAGGUCGGCUAGAAGGAAAUAUUUACAUUAAUGUAAUUUUUUCAUCAAUAGGUCUUAUACCUGGAAUGACUUUGGUGGUAAUAGCUUCUUUGUAUUUGAAUAGAAGAUUAGCGGUUGUAAUAAGUUGUGGUGUGGCUGCUAUAUCGCUAAUUGUUUUUAUAUUUAUACCCAGUAAUAUGAAUAAUCUUAUAUUAGUCUUUGCUGUUAUAGGCCAAACUGGUGCAUUUACAGCGUUUGCGCAAAUUUAUUUAUAUUCAUCAGAAAUUUUUCCAACUAUUAUUAGAAACUCAGCGAUGGGUUUUGCUUCCAUGUUUGCUAGAUUUGGUGGUUUUAUUGCUCCAUUUGUCGUAAAUAUAGGAAUUGAAUGGGUUUCCAUAGUUAUAUUUAGUUUAUUAGUAACAUUUGCAGGUAUUUCGUGCUAUUUUUUACCAGAAACAAAAGGUACUGUUCUCUUAAAUACAAUAGAUGAAACUGAGAAUUCUGUAAAAAAAUUGACUGAUGAUGUAAAUUAA